CGCACUUGUUCUCGUCUUCUUCCUCAUCGCCGCCAUCGUCGCUUUCUCCGCCUGAGCCUCUUCACCACUUUGAAUACCUUCUUCUUAGCUACUCCUUCCUCUUAUUACUAUGGGCAGACGAAAGAUCCUCAUCAAACCCCUCAAAGACGAGCGCAACCGCUCAGUCACCUUCCUCAAGCGCAAAGCUGGCCUCUUCAAAAAAGCCCACGAGCUCUCCGUCCUCUGCUCCGUCGAUAUCGCCGUCAUCAUCUUCGGCAACAACAAACGUCUCUACGAGUUCUCCUCCUGCGACACUCGCCAGCUGCUUGACCGCUACUCCUGCUCCGCUCCUCACGAGUCCAAAGGCCCCGCAGACUUUGCUCGGCGCUCUGACGUCACUGACGACGAUGCGCUCUCUGAUAAUGUCUCCCCGGAGCCUCCGCAGCAGCAGCAGUUGCAGCAGCAGCAGACCACUCCGCAGCAACAUCAUCAGCAGCUUCAGACGGGUCUGCGCAUGCAGCCGUCGGUAUCAGAAAGCGCCGGUGCUGCCGCUGCCGUGCUCUCUGGCGUGAGACGUCAGCAGCAGCAACAGCAACAGCAACAGCAACAGCAACAGCAACAGCAACAGCAACAGCAACAGCAACAGCAACAGCAACAGCAACAGCAACAGCAACAGCAGCAGCAGCAGCAGCAGCAGCAAUACUACUAUUCCAACCAGCAAAACUUCAACCAAUACCUCGCCUCUAUCUCUGAUCCCCGUCCACAAACUGUCCCCCCGCAGUUUGCCUACUCCGACGGCUCAAAGCCCGAUCCGUCGUCUGCAAACACUUCCUCUGCUCUUGCCGCUGCUGCCGCUGCCGCUGCUUCCUCUACCUCCGCCCGUGCUCUCUCUGUCGAUGCGCAGCCUCGCGCUUCUAUUCCAUCUCUCAGUCCGCCCUCGUUCUCUGCAGAGUCGGGUGCCUCGGCUUCAUCGGUUAGCAGACCAAAGCUUAAGCUCACUAUCCCGCCCGAGAGCGGCGACCAGCAGCAGCAGCAGCAACAACAGCAACAACAACAGCAGCAACAGCAGCAGCAACAUCAACAGCAGCAGCAGCAGCAACAUCAGCAGCAGUAUACCAAACCCGAGACUGCGACCGACUCUUCCUCGUCCGCUGCAAAUUCUGCUCCUCCUCUCUCUGCUCAUAAAGAACUCUCAUCACCUGUUGUCCUCCUGCCGCCGCCUUCGCCUUCGACCUAUCUUAACCCUGGAUCGCUUGGAGGUCCUGGAAACCCGUUUGCUCGCCCGCCUUCACUAAACUCUUCUGGUCAUAACCUUUUCCCACCGACUUCCAGUGGGCAGUCGCAAGCACAACCACAGCAGCAGCAGUCACAAUCACAGCAGCAGCAGCAGCAGACUACACAGACUACAGCGCCCUCAAACACAUCUUCAACAUCCACCGCCGCCACUCUAUCCGCCAACCGCGAGCAGACCCCGGUUUCGGCGCUACCCUCGAGGUAUAUCUCCGAUCUGCUACCCUCGCCCUCGAUGUUCUCCGCCCCGGCCGACUGGGGCAUGCAAUUCAGCGCGAAGAACGGCAUCAUCGGACAAGACCUUCUCCCGAGUCCGUUGCAGUUCCACACCCCGGUUGUGUUUUCUGCCGCGCAGUCGUUUAGCAGAGAUCGUCAGUCAGCGGUCGAGCGGGCGAAUCAAUAUAGUGAUACAUCAGCCGGAGGCGCAAUCGACGCCAGCUCGAGUUUGAAGCGGCAUGGAUGGAGCGAUGAGGACGACAGUGGAAUUGAGGAGAAGCGCAUAAAGCGAUAAUAUCUGAUUUUGUUUAUUUCACACAUCUUUCUCUUACAUAUUUCUUUUACAUACUUACAUACCUCUCUUUAAUUUGGUGCAUUCUUGUGAAUACUUUCUUCUUUCUUUUGCUUCUCGUCUUUUGGUUAUUACUGACACACGGAGUUUUUAAUUGCUGUUUGUUUUGCGUAUAUAUACAGUGUAUCUAUUGUUCAUUUAUU